AUGAAUACACACUGAACUACCUGCUGGUCAAAUGCAGGGCAGUGAUUUCAUUGGCAGUAAAAAUAUUUUAACACCACUCUGAGUCUUAAAAAAAAAAUCCCAGCAGAAUUCAGAGGGCGAUUAUUGCAUAAAGGGAGCAAAAUAUAUCUUCCACAGCAUCGAUAGCACCAUUACUCAGUGCUGAAGUCAUGGUUCACGGGAAGAAGUUGGCCAAGGAGACGCUGCUGCCUUCUGUGCUGGAAGACGAUGACGCAGGAGCACAAAGUGAGAAGCUGCAGCUGUGGGAGGUAGGAAGCCGAACCAUCUAGCCAAAGUCUUCAAACUCUAAAGCAAGGGAAGAGUCAGAAACCAGGUAGGGAGGAAAGUGUUUAUGAAGUUAAAUAAGACCCAGUAGGUGGCCUUUUCAUGAGUGUGUUAGACUGCAGCUCUUAGCACAUCUGAGCACUUUUCCUUUCCAAGGACAAGGAAAAACAGGCUGAAAAAUACAGACUAUAGACCAUUUGUCUUCAAUAUGGGUUUUUCUUUUGACCUGUGCAAGCCGCAUGAAUUAACUUAAUGGAGGAUCUCACCCUGACAGUACAUUUUAAUUACACUUUAAUAUCAUCUAUUCAUUGAGCUGCAUGAGGUGCAUAACAGCAAGAGAAAAAUGAUAUGUUAGUUGAAAUCCUGUAGUUAAUUAAAAGAAGUGCAACAUGAAUGCUGCAAUUCAGACAUGGGGUUUUAUGAUAAAAAAUGCUCAUUCUGAAUUGGAUGACAGCAGCAAAACUAACAAUAACAGGAGGAGCAUCCUCAACUAUUUGAAACAGGCUAGUAACAUGGCUGGGGAUAAAAAGAGUAUCAGAGGGAGGCUCUGACAGAUACAUGGGGAAAGAUUUAACACUGUGAGAGACUGCAUUAGCAAACAGUUAAACAACUUUAGUAUUUGGGGAUGUCAAGAUCUGCAGUUCAUCAUACUAGUAAACUCUGCCGAAACUCUUCACUAAAGAGUCAAGGCCAAAAAGAAAUACUGGAUGGUCAUGAUCUUCAGUCCCUCAGAUGCUUCUGCAUGAAAAAAAAAAACUGUUACUCUGGAGUGGAAAUCACAGCAUGGGCACAAAAUCAAUGGGUCAGGUCCUGGGUCAGAUCCAUACCCAUUUAUAUAUAUGGGUAAAAAUAUAUAUUUUAACGCUAUGGCCUACCUCAUAAACAUGAGUGUGUACCAUUGAAUGCCAUACCGGCUCAGAUUGUACAGCUUGUAAAAGCAAAGCUCCCAAAAAAGACUCCCCAAAUGCUUAUAUCAAUUUAACCCAAGAUCAUGAGUCAAAUAAGAUCAUAACUCAAAGCUUGGGUUAACUUGACCCUUUAAAGGGGUUAUUGAGUCAACUCAAAAUUUGGGUUAAUUUGAAUAACCCAACAUUCUGGGUCAAAAUAACCCAAUAAGUAGUUGGUCCCUUAUCAACCCUGGUGUUUUUAGAGUUUAAAGGCCACCGUCUGUUAAAGUUCAACACCACAUCCUAGAAUGCCGGUGAAAACUUUUCAAGGCAAAGAAUAAACUGCAAACAAACAAAAUCAUUUAUAACAUCAUCAGGCACCAAGACUCUUCUACUACAGAGCCAUGAACCCCAAGAAGUCAAAGGCAUUUCUAGAUCAUGUUUGUAUAUAGUUUCCUCUAUGUACAAUACUGUUUUAAUCUGCAUUUGUUGAUAUAGUGACAAACUUGAGUUCACAGACUUGUUUUUGGGUGUGAGUUUGAGCCCAUGCAGUGAGUCCCACUUCAGAGACAUGUCUGUUUUUAAUGUGGUGCCAUCCACAUAUCACAAUCAUCUCUUGUCCAUUUUGUACAGAGAUUUCUUUUGAUUUUUUAAAGUCUACAAAUUCUUUACAAUUUUAGACUCUGGGAACAUUAUUUGGAAUCACCCACCUUUUUAAAGAGCCCACCUCUACUGAACUUCCCAGCAGCUCUGCCUCUCUGGCAUGCCCAUGUAUUUUUUUGUAAGUACCCUAUCAAGUAUAAGAUGCAGUUGUCUGAAAGUGAAUCACCAAAAGAGGGAACUCUAAAUGUGUUGCCUUCUUUUUUAAAAGCUUUCAUUUGUCCAUAUUUUUUACAGUCUUCUUCAUGGUUAUUUUCAAAAGGCUGCAAUGGAUCAAGUUGAUGCAGACCAAUAUUAUUUUAUUAUAUUGUAAACUUCAAAAUCUAAAUACCUUUUUUUUUUGUAAUGACUGGGUCGAGAAAUGGGAGUGAAAAACAGCUUAAACCUCCUCUGGUUCAAAAGUUUAAGACAUAGAGGAAAACAAUGGAGUAACAAUAACAGCAAGGACAAAAGGAUGCAAGCUUAAAACAGGAAGUUAAACAAGUCCAUCUACAUUGUUGGACUCUGUUGUACAGUGUUGGUAUUAGUUUUACUCUCCUGGCAGCAAAUCCAUCUAAUCUCCUCACUCAGGCUGCCAGCUGCAGCAGCAGCAGCAGCAGCAUCUGAGGAGUCACGAUGUCUUAUUGUGUCACUCUCCUCCCAGCAAAGAGUGAGACGGACAGAGGUCAGCGUGCGUGGGCUAAAGGACCGCUGCUCUAGCCCUGACGAGAACAUGAUAGAUGGAGGUGAAAGAGAGUGUGAAGAGGAGGAGGAGGAGGAGAAUGAAGAGGAGGAGCGAGUGAUCUCUGAUGAGGACUACGACACCGAUUUGGAGCUUGGAGGUAAAAAUGGAAGUUGUUUUGGAUAGAAAAAAGGAGAUAAGUGGGUGGGAAAGGUAUCACAUGGUAAGAUAAAGGACAUGAUGGCCCAUCUUAUGAAAUAAAACAAACAUUUAAAACAUUGCAAAGUCUUACAAUUGUGACUAAAUUAGAUUAUUGUGUUGUGAAUUGAUAAUAUACCCAUCCCAAAAAGACAGACCAGACCCCAAAGAAGACAUGAAAGUGGAAGAUAACAGAAAUACAGAACAUGACAUCCUGUCUCAUCCAAGCUUUCCAACACAAAAAAAUAUUUCAGGAUUUUGAACAAACAUUAAUCAAUCAAACAUGUUCAUGGCUCACCAAAAUGAGGAUGAAGCCAGUGGUGUGUCCAGACUUUAAACAAAGGGGGCCCUGGACUUAUUCAGGGGUGGCCUGAAGCAAAAAAAAAAAAAAAGCUCAUACUUGACAUGCAUCACAGGAACUGCUUAUCUUUAAAGGCCGCUGUUACUUAUAGAACUGUCUUAACAAGAGUCUGACUGCUAAACAUUGUGACAUACUACUAUUUGUAAGAGCUGUACCUUUAGGAAAGAAAACAAAGAUCUUGUUUGGGGGGAGUGGAAAGCUGAAGCUAAGCAAUUAAGUUGCCUUGCCACCCCUGGCCACCCCUCUGGAUCCACCUCUGGAUGAUGCAGAACAAAAUACAGUUUAUGCUUGACUUCAUCAGAAGAUGGAUUCCUGAUCUUCAAGUAGGUUUUCUUUAAAAGGUUUUGUACCAUAAUUGUGCUGUACCAGGGUGUACAGUAUGUUCAGAAUCUGUAUAAAUCAGCGCUACUGUAAAGCUCUACCACCCAGUCUUUAACUUUCCUCUUCUGCCUCUAUGAAUUCUCCAUCUCUAAAGCAUCUCAGAAAAAGAAAAAGCAAAACAAAACAGAGACUCCUCCACAUGCCUGCCCACACAUGUAGAGCCCCGCUUUGCAUCUUAAUGAUUUCAUCUCAGUCUUUGUGUCAGGCUGAAGUAGAAACCAUCUGCUAUGAAUGAGCUCCCCUGACAGGACCAGAUCUGCCAUGGGGGACUUUUCAAUAUCACACUCAAAAGGUUGUCGUCAGGGGGGGAGUGCCACAUCUCUGCUUUCUCAAAAAGGUAUUGAUAAUGAACAAUUCAGACAGACAGAGCAGGCGGUGUCUUUGUUCAUUCUGCAGAUAAGGAGGAGGGAUAUGACCCCACGGGGCAGACGUGCUACAUGGAGGCGUGCAAAGCAUUACAGGUGGUGCCUGCCUCGUCCUUCCUGAAGCACCUGCAGGACAGCGAGCUGAACAUGAUGCACCGUGGUCUGGGGCCUCAGGUACUUUGAUUGUGUUAGGGACUCUUUAAAAAUGACAUGUGGAGGAAAGAAGUUACUGUCCAUAGGUGCCGAUGCAUUUUUUCCCAAUCCAUGGGAGUGUGAGUCUUUGGGGGAAUGAAAACAAGGUUUUUUAUUUCUUUAUUUUUUAGCCCAAAUUUUAGAUUUUUCUAAUCAAGUUUGACAGUAUCUGUCACUAAGAUCCAAAGCAAAACCAUGGUGAAACCAGGGUGACCAGCCCAUGUCACCCUGGCCACCACAUGGAUCCACCCCUGCUUCCUGGCCUAAUUACCUAAACUUGUCAUGCAACAUUUUGCACACAAAGGUGCCUUUCAUAUAACUUUAUGGAUGCAAACACAAGACCUCCCAGACAACUAGUUUUGCACAAAUGCAUGUUCAGCCCACCAUUAACUUUGCUGCCAGUUAAAUACAGACAAUGAAUGGCUUACCUGCCGCAUCAAAGGGCACCUGAGAUUCCAGCUGGCAUAUGUUCAAGUCUCAAAUAUUGAUUAUUUAUAUUACUUUAAAUGCCUGAAGCCCCUGCUGCUGGGCAACCAUCAUACAAAUAGAGUAAUCCUCAUAUAGGAACAUCAGGUGGGGUCCAGUCGCUCACUUAAGGAGACAACAGCAUGUGGGCAACCCUGGGAUUGAACACACACACACACACAUAUAUAAAUAUAUACCGGUAUAUACAUAUAUAUAUAUAUAUAUAUAUAUAUAUAUAUAUGUAUACAGUAUAUAGUGGAGCGACAGUUUAAUACCAUUCCCCUCUAAAUAAUUGCCACACAGCUCCUAAAGUCAUUCCUUUUCCGUUUUUUUUUUACUCUUUUGACAAAUUUAAUUGAAUGAACUUCAGUUGAACCAUCUUUCCUGUAAAAGACGCACAAAUGUUUGAAUGCCUCUGUCUCUGUGAUGCUGUGUCAGAUCAGCGCAGACCUCUAAUCGGUGGCUCACUCAUUAAUUCAAAGUCACACUCUUCUUCAGGGCGACUGAGCUGAUCAUGACAAAGCCUGUGCAAAACACAGAGCAGCUAAGAUUCAACGAGUUUCCAGUUCCCUUUCAGGAAAUAAUCAUGCAUGCUCACAUCUCUGCAGUGCACUCUACAUGAACUAAAAAUGCAUGAGUACAGUCUUACAUGAACACUCAAAUAGAGAGUCCUUAACAUGUUUAAUAAAGUCAGGAGGUUUGUGUUUGUGUUGGUUUGCACUUGCAGAGAGUUCAUAAACCCAGACUGAAUUUAAAUUUAUGUUUUAGGUACAAUCUCAUUUUUUACUUGAUGGCAGUCUUUGACCCCUUUUAGCUUUCAGUAAUCUGGUCAUGUAAAAGUGUUAAAUGAUGGUUUCUGACAUACACAAAAAAGAGAGUACAGAAUAAGAAUUCACAAUGAAUUCUGAAAGAAACAAUAUCAAAAUCUCAUGAUACGAUGCUACAUUAAUAAUAAGUCCAUGGUACAUUGUUUAUUGUGAUAUUCAACAAAUUAAACAAAUAAAGACAUGGGGGGAAAUGCUAAUUAUGAGGGUUGGUGUGUGUAGAUGAUGGUGUCAUCAGCAGAAAGGUGUAUUUUGCUUCACUGUCCUAACCCAAGUCAUUUACAAAAAUAGAGAUCAGAAUGGCUCCAAAAUAGAGCCCUGUGUGACUCCUGUAGUGAUCUUAAAAAAAUCUGAUUUAUGGCCUUCUGCAAAGACACACUGAGUUUGAUCUUGUUGUAGGUAAACAAGCUUAACUUAGUUAGCCACCUUCCCACACUGCACAAUCUAAUCAGUAUGCUCGGCAUUUGUUUACCUGCACAGUGGGAAAGGAUGCUAUGGUGCAGGUUAUGAGGAAAUUCCUUUGACAUUGUGUGUUAUAGCCUGCUUUCAAUGUUGCAGAGUGAAGACAAAAGUCCCAAGGUAAAAAUCAGACAAUAGAUAAUUUUAUCAUCUGAAUCUGUAACUUUAUCUACUGCAUUAGGCAGGUUUAGACCUAGAAGAUGCAAUACUGCGUGUUCUGCAUGUUAAAUUUGACCAGUAUAUAUCUUUGUGUGCAAGUACACAACAUUAUGUUCUGUACAACUUCCAUAUAAAUCUCAGGCAUCCAUUUGAAAAAAAGUGUAAAAUGCAUAUCUAGUCAUGUCUCCCGAUAAAUCCCUAUAGCCUCAAUUUAGCCAAGAAGUCAAUGACAAUUUAAUGUGUUAUUGACAGUCAAUCGAUGCAAAACCGCUCUGCACAUCCUCUGCAAAUGCAAAUAUGCAUCCACAUCUUCUCUUAGUGAAACAUUUCAACAUUUUUACAGGCUCCCACUACUCGAUAAAGCUGCAAAGGCAAGUUGGAAAAGUAAAUCCAUUUCAUAACCAGCCAUUUCAGCUUCAGAUACAUCAUUAAAGCAGAAUUUAAAUGUUUCUUCUGCUGCCAAUCAUAGAGUGUGGAAGUGAAGGAACUGUGUGCUGCCACCAAAGGGGUUUUAUUUAAUGUCUCAGAGGUUGAAAGGCUUCUCCGAUGAUACUGAAAGACCUUCUAUAUGCAUUGAAACACCUUUGAUAUGCCUUUCCCUGCUCUCUCUUUUUUAAGGAUCAAGUUAACAUAAAGCUGCAUGCACUCAACUUUCUCAUUAGCAAAGCUAGAAACUAUAAUUUUCAUGUUCUGCAUGCUUCAUUUCUGACCUACGCCUCCACACAGCUCCCUUCUGCUUCAUUUGUCUCACACAGGUUUAAUACUCCUCUCUCUCUCCAUCUCUCUCUCUUUCUCUCUCUCUCUCUGCCCACCUGCAUCAGUACAUGAACUCUUUUGACUGAAAUACAGAUAAGAAAAUAUACUGCAGUGAACAAACAGGAGAAUUUCACUCGAGGGGGGGUUGGUUUUGUGCUUGCAGGGCGCCAAAGCACUGGCGGUUCCCCUGGCAACCAACACUUCAAUACUGAGGCUGAACCUGCGAGAUAAUUGGAUGGAAGGAAUGGGCGGAGCUGCUAUCGCUGGGAUGUUGAAGGAAAAUUGUUACAUUACAGGUGGUUUCACUUGGCACUUAAGCAUGCACAUAUUGUGUCACCCCCACUCUGUUUCACCUUUCUCUCGCAGGAGAGCCACCCCCACACCCACUCUUAUGGCACAAUCACCUCAAUUAUAUGCCAAAGCACAGGGUUUAACAUCUGGGGCUCCUGUUCAGUAGGAGUUAAAUGUCAGGCCACUGUUCAGGGGACCUGAAGGGGGGCUCCAUGGAGAAUAAUCCCAUCGAAGAAUGAUAUAAUUCCUGUGAGUCAUGGAGGAUCUUCAGUUUGUUUUAUAUUUAAACACCAUUUCUCAUGCAUUACUUUCGAGGGUAAUCCUGUUAUAAGAUAUAUAGAGUAACAGAUGAGUUGCAAAUGUCUGUUUUGCUGACGCUACAGGAGACGUUGGCUGACACAGGAAUUCAAGUCAGGUUUCUGAUUUGUCAUGAAUAAAAACACAGCAAAUAAGAACUCAAACUAAGAAACCUGUAUUAAAACAGCGCACUGAUAAGACAAGUUAUACAGAUUAAUGCUAACCAAUCUUUAGCCAUAUAGCACUAAUUCACAGCAAAUGCUAUCUCAAGACAAAUGCCUAGGCAGUACUCUGUUUUAUUAUUCACAAAGACCUAACAUCAAGUUGAGAUAAAACUUAUUACUCAGCUUUCCUACCAAUAACCUGCCUAUGUUAAAUACUCAAUUCCGAUUAGUCAAACCCACACAACAAUGGUUACCGUGCUGUUGCUCCAGUUACCUCAGAAGUCGGAUGUCGGAGCGGGGAAUGACGUUACACCCGAGUUGACGGUGUUCCAGUUAACAAGUAAGAAAACCAAAAUAGACGCCUAAUGUUAGCCGUUGUUAGCUGUUGUCUACAAUUGUCAGCUGUCGUUAGUCGUUGUAGCCAAUGCAUAACACAGUAUUUUACUCUUACAAACACCAUAGCACCGUGUUCACAGUUAGACAUCGGGCAUUAUAACAUAUACCACAAAAAAAAUAGAAGUGCUUAUAAAUAAUACAUUACGAGAGCUUUUACUGUUACUCUUUACUGUUGAUGCACUGCACUGCCAUCUUGGAUUAUGACGUCAUCAAGUCAGGGUUGGUGAGGAUCAUCCCACUUUCAGAGUCGGAAAUCUGACUUCAGGGGUGCGUUCAAGAUGAAUUUCCAACUUGGAGCUCGGAAAUUCUGACGUCCGAGUACAACUGGAACGCAGCAUAAGUUCUAAAGCCUGAUCACUCAUGCCACACCUAGAGAAAUAAUCUGCAGAAAACAGACGCCACACAAACAUUACUUUCUGCUAGCAUUGGAGACAACAUGAGGUCAUUUCCAAAAGUGCUGAUUUGUGGUUGAUGCCUCACAAGUAAAAAGCAGAAGAAAACAGACAAGAAGUAGGUCAGCAGUGAUGGAAUUUGCAUUCAAGGGUCAUCCACCAAAUUGAAGAAAACACAAAUUAUGAGUGAGGGGGGGAACUCACUUCCAACUGGUCAAAUUUAGCAGAAAUUAACCUGGUCAUACAGAUAUUGUUCUUACAAAAUUGUGCAUGUUUACAUACAUAUGUUAUAAAUCCUGCAUAUUUUGUUUGUUUGGUUAAUAAAGUAGGUUUACCUAUUACAAUACUGUAAAACUAUGAUCAUUUUGCUUGAGGUUAUCAUACCAUCAGAAUCCCAUACUGGCCCAUGCCUAAAUGAGAAAUGGAGAUUUUAGGUUAGAUGUAUGUGGACAGAUAGCGAAGCCCAGUAAAGACAGGGGCUCAGUGUGCCAGCCUAUAGCUAAUAACCAGGCUGCUUUAAACCUGAGCGAGAUCUAACGUUAAGCUUUAUCAAAAGGGGAUGUUUUAAGCCUACUUUCUCCUAUAUGUACAAUAAUUCGAUCACAAUUUCAUGGCAAUCCAGGCAAAAGUUGCUGAGAUCCACAUUAUCAUCCACAAAAUCAUGUUACUGUCGCAGCGAAUAUGACCUCUAAAUUCUUAUUCCUCUUAUCGGUCCUGAAUCAAGUAUCCUCACAGAGCAUACUCCUUUUGAACUGCUCAGGUUGGAAGAUUUGCUCAGAUUUACCCUCUUCCCAGCGGGCAUUUCUUCAAAAAGGAGGACAUGAUGUUAAGAGUCUUGCCUUUCAAUACUCAGAGCCUUUUGUUGAGAUUGACCUUUAACAUGAACAAAAGAGGAGGGUGGUGUGUCUGACAAUUUUUGAUAUAAUCUUAACUUUGUGAAGAAAUCUCGAACUGUCGGAAAGCUAUCAUACAAGACAAACAAGACAAAUAACAUAUGCUCAAAACUGCACCUUUUGUUUCAAUGUAAAUCUUUACUUCUUCCCAUUAGACUCUCUUCUUUCCAGCUUUUCUUGCUUUCUAUUGUUUUAUUAAUCUGCUUUUCUCCACCACACAUUAAUUUAUUUUUACUGGUGUAUCAAUCCCAGAGGUGGACCUAUCCGACAACAAUCUUGGGGAUUACGGGGCCAGAGCUAUUGCUGGUAUGCUGAAGGAGAACAGCUCUCUUUUGAGGCUUAAUCUGUCAGGAAACCAUUUCACGGACCAGUCUGCUGAACACCUCGGUCCAGCGCUGAUCACCAACACAAAGCUGCAGCACCUAGACCUCAGCUACAACGCCCUGGGAGAACGUGCAGGUACAACAGCAACUAUUCCAACAUAGUUUAGUUUCUUAGUUAAUAUUGGGGUCAAGCAUAAAGCCUGACUGAUACUGUGAUUUAAAAAAGAGAAUCUGGAAUAAAGGUGAUAUCUGACUGGAGCUGUCAGGAUAUCACAUAUUCAACUCAUGGCUAUAUAGGCUCAAAUAUUAUUUUCUGUUUUGAUGCCCCUGUGGGUCAUGCUGCUGUUGGAGGUGUGUCUGGUUGGUUUCUCUCUGCACACCAAUCAGAGUAAUUAUGUACACCUGGGCCCUGGGUGCUAGGGGUAUUUAAGAUACCAGAGUUACUUGCAAUCUCACCCCAGCCACCCUUUUUCUCCUGGCCUCCUUUACAGGUACUUGGUUGGGUUUGCUUUGGUUGUUUUGGUUUGGUUUGGUUUGGUUUAGUUGUAGUUUAUGUUUGCUCUGUACAACACCCUCACACACAUACACCUACCUUCCACUCAUGCACACCUUACACACUACUGAUUUUACUGAUUUACAUACCUCAUUUCUUAAAUAUUCUAAUUUGGUUUAAUUUGAUUUAAUAAAGAUUUGUUUUGAUUCUUAUACAUAGUGUGUGUCUCCCCUUUCUUUGUUGUAACCACCUGAGCCAGGUCAUGACACUGUCCACAAAGACCUGGGUCAAAAAGGUCGACAGGAGCUGCUUUUGUGAGCAAGAAAUAGGGUUUUGAAUUUGGUGCAAGCUGCAGCUGUCAGCCAGUGGAAAGAGAGAAAGAGCAGAGAGCUGUGCUGAUCUGAAUGUGCUCGCAGGACAGUCUGCCAGUAAGGAGUUGCAGCAGUCAAUAUACAGCAGAGGUUCUCAAGUCCAGUCCUCGAGCCCCCCCGUCCUGCAUGUUUUGGAUGUUUCCCUGAUCCAACACACCUGAUUCAAAUGAUUAGCUCGUUAUUAAGCCAUUCCAGAGCUUGAUAACGAGCUGAUCAUUUGAAUCAGGUGUGUUGGAGCCGGGAAACAUCCAAAACAUGCAGGACAGUGGGGCUCGAGGACUGGACUUGAGAACCACUGAUAUACACCAUUACAAUCUGUGCCAAAUACUCUGUCAGGUAGGAUUUCAAUCUGUGGUUGUAUGGAAGGACUGGCUAGAAUGACUAGAAAUUCAGUUUUGGACAGGUUUGGCUGAAGAUAUAGUUUCUUCACCCAUGUUUGGAGUCCGGAAAGGAGGUAAUAAGAGUUGGUGGAAAGAGAAAACCAUUUUCAUGCAUCUGUAGCUGCAUAGAUUUUGAUGAAAUGCUUUUUUGUCAGUUUCAUGGCUGCAAAUAAGUCAACUCUCAAGAUUUUGCCCGUUUUUCCUGACGCCUGAGCGAGGAGGGUGUUUUUGAGCUGGUCAAUCUGCAGAGUUGGUUCAAGUGACUGUAUGGUUAUGAUGUUUGUACUUUACAUGUAAGAGGAGGCACAAUUUUAGAUAAAUACUUGAACUCUUAUAUGGGUCUACUCAUGCUUGAGGCCACCCCUGCUGAGUCUGUAUGACAUUUGGACCACCCAGACACAGGGGUCUGGGUGCACCCUUGACUGAAUACGUACUGAAGUCUUAUAUGAGACCCAAUUACAGAGAAGAGUGCAGCUAAAUUUGAUAUUCUGACUGUAUAUGAUAAGACGUAUCUACUUUAAUAGAAUUUAAAAACCAUUCUCAUAAAACCAAUAGAGUUUUGCUAUAAUGGUGCAGCCUUAUCUCUGAGCCGACACAGGACAGCAGGCAGCAGCAGACUGUGGCAUUCAAAGGUCAAGAACAUAUCGCCUUCAUUAAAAGCUCUUCAAUUAUGAUCUGGAUGAGCUCUACGACAGGCAGUCUGUGGUAGAGCUGGGGGCCCAGGAUGCUCUGAGCACCUGACGGAGGUAAUAGAAAAUAAAUCUGUCUGUGGGAACGAGGGCACCGUCGUGUCUUAUUGCUGUUCGUGUGUCUAUGAAUCAUCCCCACAUGUUCAAUUCUAUUUCCUCCGCCACUGAACUAUCAAAGCUCAUCCUCAUCGGUUUGGAGUGUGCACUCCCAUAUGGAAGGUCCCUCAGAGAAAGUACACCAAUCUAACACUCACUGACAUCCAUGCUAUGGUGUUAUUGCUUUCUCCGCCAAGCGCAGUUAAAGCGUCUUUGUCUCUGAUUACGAACUGCUGAGGGCCGUGCACUUUCUUAUCAUCAGGAUAAAGUGGUGAGAUAAUAUCGGGGAGCUCUCUCUUUGUGAUCUCUGCGUCAGGCCUUACUCUGGUGCUUUAAGGCUAUGAAACACACAAUCACACCAUCUUAGCGGAGAUGAGAUAAGUUGCCAACAGAGAGUGAAAAAAAGUGAGUGUUUGAAUUUAAUAAGGGCCUUUGAUUAUACUUUCCAUCACUACAACAUCAAAAGUUCCUCUGUCAUGUGAUAUAUAUUUUUUCCGCACUAGUCUAGAUACGGAACAAAACUGCCACAAGCUUUUAAAAGCUGAGACUGACCCUUGUGUUUGUGUAAUUUACCAAGGUUAUUAGUCAUUUUCUGGAGUUUUAUGUGAUAUUACUGAACGGAAAUGUUAAAAUUUUAAUGGAAUCAUUUCUCAUCCAAAAGGGCAAAUCUUGGGAGACUCUCUGUCAGAAAACACUGGGUUGGGAUCGUUAAAUCUGGCCUGGAACGGCAUUAGAGGGAGAGGAGCGGUGCUGUUGGCCAAUGGCCUCCAGGUAAGCCUUCUAAUGAGCAAUGAUUUUAGAACCCUGCCAUUACAAGUUCCACUUAUAACACAGGAGAUGGUCAAAAGCUAUGACUGCACAAAACAUCAGCACAGUCUUAGUGCCACCACCUAUUGGUGUUCAGUGUUGUAUGAAGUACUAAACAAAUACACUUGAGUUGAACUAUAGUUACCUUACCAGAAAAUGACUCCAGUCAGAGUGAAAGUCUCCCAUGAGAAUUCUACUCAAGUCAAAGUCUUAAAGUAUAUCACAUUCUCUCUAUUUAAGUAUUAAAAGUACUCAAGUAAAUGUUCUCCAAGUUAAAGUAAAAUGUAAAAGUCAAAGUACAAAUAAAUGUAUCUUUAUUUUUUGCAAAAGUCACUUAUACCCAAAUAAGCACAUAUUUCAGGUGGUUGCAACCAACAGCUUAGAAAAAUAAAUGGACACACACACACACACACACACACAUACACACGCACACACACGACACAGAUCAGGAGAAACAAUAGUGCAUCCUCCUACAGUCAAGAAGGAACUUAGAACAGAAGUUGGACAUGACGAGAACCAUCAAACAGACACUGAACAUUUAGGUGGGUGCAAACAACUGCGCAGCAAGCAGCUGCAGACAUGCCAAGGCUUGACUGACUGAUUGACGAUGAUCAAGUGCAUUGCAAAUCAACGUUAGGUAAAAGGGAAGAAAAGUUUUUUUCCUCCUACCCGCUGUCAUAGUAAUGAGGAGAAAAAAAGUAGUAGCAAAGAUGCUUCUGUGAAAUGUAGCGGAGUAAAAGUAUACUUUUAUUUUUAGAAAUGUAGCCAGGUAAAAGUAAAAUUUAAAAAAACAAACAAACAAAAAAAAAAACUCAAGUAAAGUACAGAUACUUCAAAAUUAUACUCAAGUACUGUAAUACUUAAGUAUUAAUAUUUAAUUACUACCCUCUGACACUGUUGGGGCUCUAUUUUCGUGCCUCGCUGGAGACGUGCCGCAGGCGCAGCGUAAGUCAGAUCCGCUGCGCAUUCCCAAGCACAAUUCGAUAAUUCCAACUUUGAAAACUUGAGCAACUUCAGGAGCUUGAGCUUGAAAUCCAAGAUGGUUCCCCCAUGAAUCAUCAACAACGUUCAUCAGCAACUUAUUACUGUGUGAUCAAGUAAAUGACACUGAUAGUAUUAUGUCGGUUCUAUAUGUAGACGUGUUGUUGGGGGGGGGGGGGGGGGCUGCUUUCACAUGCAAAUCAUCAAUUAGUAUCAAUACUAACAGCAUCAAGAGACAAUUUUUCAGCCCUGUCAACUGAAAUGUGACAUUAUUCCCAACUCUGAGGUAAGGACUGUAUUCUAGAUCCUGAACUGUGUCUUGGUGAAUUGUCAAAUUAUGAUCAUUUCAGCUUUCUUAGGUUGAUAAGUAGCCACAAGAUCAAAAGAUAGUGAAAAUAAGAAGCAAUAGUUUAAGUGAAGUAUCAUAUUUGACAGUCUGGGGGACAGAGUGAUGAUGAUCAGUGAGAGGCUGUAGUGAUCAUGAGCGUGCUCAAGCUCUUAUCCUGUUAGAAGACAGGCCCGUUGCUAAAAAGUUUUUCAAACAUUUAAAAGUUCUUAAGUGUUAAAGAGGUUGUCAGCUGCUCAAAUGUAUGUGCUACACAUCUCAAACCAUGAGCUAAUCUAUCAAUCAAAAAAUAAUGAUUAUGAUUUAUGCAGUAUUCAAGCAAACCUGGUUGCUGCAUAAUGAAAGUACUCAGUUUCUUGACAAAGUAACAGGAAAUUAUUCAUUCUGCUUGAUACUUUUAUUACUCUUGACUCUGUAAGCUAAUACAGCCGGAUAAUAAGAUAAACUGAUAUACUCGAAUAACAAACUUUUAUAUUCAAUUUGAUUUGUGAUUCAGUUAUGCAGGUUGGUAGAGGAAAUUACUGUACAUCCAAACUUGGCUAACUUAUUUAUCCUGUCUGUGCAGCAGCCUUCUAGUCAAGGCAUCAUUAAGUAACUCCCAGCAGGACAGACGGAGACGGAGAAGCUUCCUUAAUGACCAGAAUGGUCAAGAGGACCCUGAUCAGUGUGCUGCACUGACAGCUUUGACUGAUUCAGGCCUUGAGAGGCUUAUUGCCCCAGGAUCUUUACUGUUGCUCUCUCACUUUAAAUCAAGGUGUUCCUUUGGUUUCCAGUCAAUUGUUUGAUCAAGUUUGAACUUCUUAUUGUGUUUUAGUUGUUAUUGUCUUCUUUCUUUGUAGGAAAACAUUUCCCUCAGAAGUGUGAAUCUGUCGUUUAACGGAUUUAGUAAAGAAGGAGCCAUUGCUUUAGGACAGGCUCUGAAAGAAAACACUGUUCUGGAGGAGCUGAAUGUGAGGUAUGGGUUUUUAAUCUCCAUGUCUGAUGAUCCUACAGUGCGUAAGUGAAAACAGGGCAACUUUUUCAGAUUAUUCCUCCGUAAAUCACAGUGAGAGGACGUGAGCUUGAUUGUGUUAUCUUGUUUGGUUCCAACUCCAGGUGGUCAAAUUUCUCUACCAGAUUAUCUGUUUGGACAAUAAAUCCUCAGCAGUUGUCAGCCUUUGUCUUAAACUGCCUCUUCUUAGUUUUCUCAAGCGAAAUAGAGCUUUUUCUUCACAGUGUAGAGGUGUUUGAGCAACAUCAAUAACAAAAAUGUCUUUUUAAAGCUAACACUUUUUUGAUUGCUUCACUCACACUCCAACACUCUUUCUUUUUUGUUGUCUUCUGCAUUUUGUUUUCCCCCACAGCAAUAACCUAAUACCCCCUGAAGGAGCUAUCCACCUAGCCAUGGGCCUCAAAGCAAACAAGGCAAUCAAAUCCCUGAAUGUAAGCUGCUGAAAACAGAUUGGUUGGAGCUUUAAAAGCAAUGGGGGGCAUCGGGGAAGAAAAAAAGAUAAAUAAAAGGAUAACUGUACUUUGCUUUAAUGUUGAUCACUCACAGAGACUCAUCUUAAUCCUGGGAUGAGUUGAUGUUCGAGUUUCACUGAAGCAGUGUCACAGCCUCAGAGUUCGUGUGCAACAAUUUAGGAAUGAACAAAAUUUGGAAAGUCAGGUCAAAAAGUAGCUUUAAAAGGCCACAUUUUUUAUUCAAACCUUCUGUUUGGAUCUUGGUGAAAAAAAGUAUGUGGAGGAUGGGUGACUAAUUAAAGGAAAACUGAGAAAAUAUGGCCACAGUCUGUGUAAUGUUACCCAUUGAUUACUGGAGGGUGAUUCUGAAGCCCAGCUGGCAGGCAAGCCUGUCCUAUUGGGCGCAUAAUAAAGGAAAAUUACAGCUGCAUGCAGCAAUGAACAGUUUCUCACACUUUUUGUCCAUGCCGUAACUGCCAGGUGCAGAGUAGCUGUGCUUGUGCCGCAGCUGCAACAGUGCAGCCUUAGAUGGUGCUUUCACCAUGGACUGAAAGUAUGUGAAUCUGCUCAGGUUGAGACUGUCAGCAUGCAGGUUUGAUUUGAAGGAUAUAAAACAGUUAAGCAAUGGCUGUUUCCUGCAGUAGGGCUUUAACUCUGGCCAUGAUAGUAUUGUAGGGAUUAGGGAAUCUUCUCAACAGGAAAUCAAAAGUGUAAGGGUUGAGGGCUUAUUCAACUGUGAAUAUCAGGAUAGAUACCCUCUGUACCCAAAAGGGGGCAGUAUCGUGGCAAAAUCUGUUAUGGAUUGGAUAUUGUAUGUUAACGUUAGUAGGCCUACCAAGUAUUCGCAAAGUAGUCACAUUGAUGUGUUUAGGGGUAAACCUUGAUUAUGUGUAUGAAAUAUUAAACAGAUUAAAUGCUGUAUAAAGGAGUAACUUUAACUUCAUAGUUGUUGUUGUUAAACAUCAUAGUUGCAUGAAAGCUACAGCUGAACCCUUCAACGUCCAGAAAAAUAACUCCAUUACUUUGAAUCUUUAAUACAUGGACAAAACACUGACCACUGUUGGAGAUGAUCAGGCAAAAAACCUUUGAUUAAAUAUGCACUGUAUAAAGUAAUAAAAUCUGAGAUCUUUGGACUCCUUAGUAAGAUUAGAUUAUGGGUCCACAAGGAUUUUUGGAGGUUUUGGCCACAGCUCCAUAAGCUUUGCUGGCGGAAGCGGAUUUAUGACCUAUACUGCAGCCCAUCAACAGAGGGUGCUGUUCUCGGAGUGGCUUCCCCAGCAAGGAGGCAGACUCUGUCCACUCUAUAUACAGUCUAUGGGCUGAACCUAUUGGAGGGGCUUAUUUCGGGGGUUGUAGGGGGCACUGUAGAGGCAGUGGUUAUCACAGAGAGGGAUUAUUGUGAGACAGUGAAGAAGUUGAAGUUAAUUUCUUUGAGACAUGUCUUUGAAACCUUCUGUUAAUCCUCUCCUUUUUAAACAUAUUUAAACAUCUCUCUCUCUCUCUCUCAUGUAUGUAGGCUGAACCUAUUGGAGGGGCUUAUUUCAGGGGUUUUAGGGGGCACUGUAGAGGCAGUGGUUAUCACCAUUUUUUUUUUAUUUUUUAUUUUUUAUCAGACAUACUUUUUGUGUGAAGUUUGAUGGGUUUUGGCGUGUGUUUAGGCUGCAAGAUAUGCAAUCAUAAAGUCUUAAGAAACAAAAAAUCCAUCCCAACAUUCGUGGAGUUAGAAUAGAGAAUUAAGGCUGCCUUGCAAAGGACAAAAAGACCCACAUACCCUUAAAUGUUUUGCUUUAGACAUCUUUGAGCCAUAGGACACAUAUUAAGUGUCCCUUGGCUUUUGCAGUCUGGCUCUAGUGGACACUGCAGCUACUGCAUUAUUUUGCAUGUCUAUGUUGCCUUCAUUUUUUAAAUUCUGAAGGUUGUAUAAAACAAGUACAGUUCUUAUUAAAACCAGUAAUUAAGACAAUAGUUUUGCUAAUCAGUUGCUAGGCAACCAGAAAAAAAUCAAGGGUGUUAGCAGUGCAGCUAAGGACUAAACAGGCACAACAUCCCUCAAAAGGCGUCGGCACCUUCCUCUGCUUUGUGACUAUUUUGCAUAUCACUUCUUUUUAACUCCCGGGAUUUUUUUUUUUUUACCAGGCAAUGGUUUCAUUUCAUUAGCCUGUUAUGUUUUAAGGCCGGAGUCGGACAAAGGGCGUAAGUAGGGCCUGAAUAUUAUGUGAAGAUCAUCGAAAUCACAGUUGGUUUUUGUAACAGAAAAUAAAGACAUCACAGCAAUGAGUCGACUUGGACUUUAAACCACAUUUUCCAAUUAGGGAUACCUAGUUUUGCUUUACACUAUGCAUGGUGAAUACAGGAUGGUUUUUGCAGGCAGGAGAGGUGCUUAGGGUAGAUUUAGUUACAGCAGGACAGAUUGAGGUCAACUUUAACCCCCUCUUUCUAACCUCUUUAAAGCUAAGCGAAGCCUCUGCUAGCUUUGGACUUAACUUACUCAGAGAAGUGUGACAGUAAAAUUGAUUUUCUCAUCUAGCUCUCCACUAGAAAUCUAAUAACUUUACUUCUCUAAGUACUAGAUUAUUCCUUUACAAAUGCAAAGUCCAGAGAAGGAUUAUUGUGAGACAGUGAAGAAGUUGAAGUUAAUUUCAAAUGCCAGGAAGACUUUGACAACAUAUUAAAUCAAAUGCAAUGACUACAGCAGAGAUGCUGGUGCCAUUAAUGCUAUUAUUUCAUUUGUCCUGUUUGUGUUUGGCCAGAUGGAAAGGAACCCCAUUCAGAGUGCUGGGUGCUAUGGGAUCCUGAAGUCAAUACAGGAAAACCCAGAUUCAGCCAUGGAGACGUUACGCUUUCCAGUGAGUCACACAUAUUACAUGUCUUUGAGACUUUCUGUUAAUCCUCUCCCUUUUAAACAUAUUCUCUCUCUCUCUCUCUCUCUCUCUCUCUCUCUCUCUCUCUCUCGCGCGCUCUUUCUCGCUCUCUCACUCUCUAGGACAUCACAGUGAACCAGGAUUUUGAAGAUUUGUAUGCAGCCGUGAAAGAAACAUUCCCUUCACUUAAAGUAAUUCAUAGUGGUAAAUUUGGAGCAUUCAGCAAAGCAAAGGCUUGAAAAAUGUUUUUUAGUCAUGAGAAAAAGUUUAAUUGCUGUACUUUUAUGCCAGAAAAAGAUGCAAAUAGUCUCGUCAAAGCCCUGUGGACGACUUCGUCGACAGAUGAAGGAAAGGAUUGAUGCAUGCAGGGACAUAAUUAUAGCAGAAAUAGUUCUUGUUAAAUGAGUUGUGAGAGAAUAUCGCACCCUGAAAUGUUUUUAUAUCAAAUAAAUCUUGUUAAAUACCCAAUCAAGUGAAAAUAAAGAUGAUUCAGAAGAA